UUUUAUAGUGUCUUAAGUAUUAUAAAAUGAACUUUAUGUUGGUGUAGUAAUUAUUCAUUUGAAUGACGCAGGACCCACGUUGCAUUGGAAAAACGUAGGACCCAUGUCGCAACUCAAAAUCUGAUUAUCCUUUGGCGGCAAAAUUCAUACUGGGAAAAUAUAAAACAAAAGACAAAUCGGUCAGUUGGUCCAACAAAUUGGUCCCGAAUAAGAUUUUGCCUACGAAAAUGCUAACCACCAACGAGAUUGGUCUGUGUAUUGUGGAUAUGGACCACCUCGUUAGUAAUGACGUUGGAGACCAUAAUAAACAAAGACACUAUGCAUGUUCACUAAUAUAUGUAGACUCGUCAAACAAGAAUGAAUGUGUAACCAAAUCAUUCGCACUCGAAAAUCCAGUUAUAAAAUAACAUCAGGCCCAUUUGGGUUAGCAAAUCAGAGGCCCAUACGCAACCGCUAAAGACCUCACAAACAUCGGGGACAAUCUCGUAAUUUCAAAGCAUUCGAAGCGAGAUGAACCAAUCCGUCUUUCGCUCUUUACUCGGUCAACAAACCACUUGAAGACGAACACGUGUCACACUUUCGUUGGCUCAAAAAGAGCGCAUCGGGUGCUAUAUAAAUGCCGUUACGCCUCGUAACGGUUUCCUAAUUUCCCCGAGUAAACCAACCGAAGCGAUCAGAGAGAACUUUUUCCCGCCAGCGAUAGUGAAAGUAGAAAGAGCGAUCGAAGAAGAUGGCGAUGGAAGUAGCGACACCGGCUCCGGCACCGAUCAACGCACCGGAGAGAAACAUCAUCCUCGCGCCGGCGACUGUUGAGACUCACAAGAAGAACAGGAUCCAAGUCUCCAACACGAAGAAACCGUUGUUCUUCUACGUUAAUCUCGCCAAGAUGCAGAGGUACAUGCAGCAACACAAUGAGGUCGAACUCUCUGCGCUUGGAAUGGCAAUCACAACUGUGGUGACAAUCUCUGAGAUCUUGAAGAACAAUGGAUUGGCUACAGAGAAGAAAGUGUUGACAUCUACCGUGGGAAUGAAGGACGAGACUAAAGGAAGGAUGGUUCAGAAGGCAAAGAUUGAGAUUGUGUUGGGCAAAUCAGACAAGUUUGACUCUUUGGUACCACCUGUGACCAACGGCAAAACGCCGGAGGAGGUAGCUAAAGCAGAGACGGAGGCUGCUGUUGAAGUACAAGAAGCUGCAGCCACCGAGGCCUAGGACGGAGCUGCCUCAGAAACACCACAUAUGAAAGAUCGAUUUUCGCUUUUGUUUUGCUUUGCUUUGUUGUUUUUGUUUCUUUUGUGACAUAUCGAACAUAAUACUCAAUAGACAUGCUAGUAGUUUGUUUAGGAAAAUACUACUCUAGUAUUUUUUGUUUGAGAAAUAUAUAUUUCUCCCAAACAUUCCAAUGAUAUAUUUUCUCAUUUAUUUCUUCUUAAUAGUAAAUCCCAAUUAUAAUAUUUGAAUUUUAAAUUUUAGUGAUGACUGUUUAGAAUUUAGUAUUUAGUGGAUGAGGAUGAGUUUAACAUUUUUUUAUAAAUAAUUUUAAACAUUUAUAAAUAAUUUAUGAGGGUUAAUUUUUUUAAUAAUAAAAUUAAGGUAUUUAUUAAAAUGGUAAUCAUUUAAAUGUAAAUUUUAAAAGUUAAAAUUCCUUCUAAAUUUUUAAAGAGUGUAUAUAUAUGAAUGUGACCUUUUGCCAAAUUAAAGUAAAAUAAUGAUUUAAAAGUUACUACUAUAUCAUACAUUAAUUUUUAAUUUCUAAAUAUCCAACACACAUACAUUAUUAUUUGCAAAAUGAUAUUUUGCAUUUGAGAUCUCACGUUAAAUACUAGAGUUAUACGCUUAAUGAAUAAUAAAUAAUUAAAUUUUUAUUAGCUAAUAGAAAUUUAAAACAUAUCUCCCAUCUUCUUUUUAUAAAUGAGAGUAAGUCUAAAUUAUCAAGGAGUAAUCGAACUAUCUCCCAUCUUCUUUUUCAGAUGACAAUUUUUUUUUCCUCCUAAAACCAAUCAAGAGGAAUAAUGUCAAGUAAUUUUCGGAUUUUAAAACUAGACGAGGAAGUUUAUAAAUGAGAGAAAGUCUAAAUUAUCAAGGAGGAAUCCAACUAUCUCCCAUCUUCUUUUUCAGAUGACAAUUUUUUUUCCUUCUAAAACCAAUCAAGAGGAAUAAUGUCAAGUAAUUUUUUCGGAUUUUAAAACUAGACGAGGAAAUUUAUAAAUGAGAGAAAGUCUAAAUUAUCAA